AUGUUUCUACAUGCUGGUGCUAGCCUUCACGGCCACGAAUACUCGUCAAAUCGGUCAUCUACACAAGCACCCAAAGGGCCAAUGCCUUUCCUCCGCUCUGCGCUUCGACGAACGUCGGAUGCCGAUAGAACAACAAGGCCCAUGUCAGCAAUUAUCACAUCAUCACCACAACCUCGACCUCAACCUCAACCUCAACCUCGACCAACAUCAUAUCAUGAGAAAGCAGCUCCCAUAACUACGGUGACACCAAUACGUCGAACCUCUCGCCCCAGGCCUAAGUCUGAGUACAUCCCUCGACGAGAUCUCUCCGUUCGCUUCCUCGAACCCGAGACCGAUGACGAACUCCCACCUUCAGAGAUUCAAAGCGAAGAUGAAGGCUCAGCUGCCUGUUCGGAAAUAAGUGACCUCAGUGAUUCCUCCACGACUCCUCGAAGAAGGAGAAGGAAGCGCACGUUCAGACGGUCUACACAAUUUCUUCUUGCACAUCCGGCUCCUCGACCAGGAGCCAAGCAACGCCGGCUAGUCCAGCGCCCACGACUUCUCCUUCAACUACAGGAGCUUGGCGAAAAGCGACCCAUUCCUGCAUUUGAUGUGGUUCCAUCCAGCCUCAUCACAGGCUCCCAAAUUGUGCCUCGCAUGGCGAAACGUUGCCCUCACCUGUUCCGUACGAAGCCAGCGCUAGGCCCUAAUGAUCUUCUUAUCGUCCGCAGUGAGGACUACGAUACGCCAGCAUCUCCAGGAUCUCUUGACGCCGAAGACUCGCUAGACCAAAGAGAUGUUGUUGCAGUUAUCAGUCCUCUUUCUCAAAUGGGUGAUGAAUCAGCCGAGAUAGUAAUGGAGGAUGGAUCAACAUGGGAAUCAAGCUUGAUGGCCAACGGGUCGUAUGAAUUUCUUGGUGUUGAUGAGCGCGGUCGGAUCAGCACAGCGCGCUGGGUCAGGAAGACAUCGACGCCAACGUCUCCCAUGCCCAGGAACAAUGGCGAACAAACACCUCCACCGAGCCCGAUGCCGGCGGAAGUCAAAUGGACAUUCAGUAUGAUACACCCCGAUACGCGAAGACAUCCUAUCAUGGGGUCCCUUAUGUCAAAUACGCUGGACGUAUUCGAUACUUAUAAUACCAUGUCGACCUCAAGCGGUCGCUAUCCUCCUACUCGAAAUACCCCACUGGAUCCCAAGCUUGCCAGCGACUGGAUUGUCUCCAACCCACCUGAAAUCCAAUCACGAUUGACAAAGGUGGUUCCGGAAGACAUUAAACUAUUGAUGGUGGCAACCGCCUCUUGGAUCAACCUCCGACAGAAUGGGUGGCCAGUGUCGGGAAUUUGCAGAGCAUCUUCCACAUUGCAGAAACGCACACUCAGCAAUGGUGGGCAGCAGAGAGCUCAGACUUUCCCUGCUCGUCCCAGUCUUUCUCUUGUUAAUCCUUCUCAUCAAUUACCACGCACCAACACAAGUCCGGCAGGCAGUUCUGUGGACAGUUCCUCUUCAGAUAUUCCCAACCGUCGAAGGUCGGUAUCCUAUAAUGCUGGGUUUGUCAAGAGGUUCGUGGUGCCUCGUGUUAGUGAGGAAGGGCGACCGCCGCUUGAGACUCUUGAUCUCAAGCAAGACAGACCACCAACGAGACGCGUGAGCAUUACUAUGAGAAAUUUCGCAGAUAAAAUUUUCCGCAGGAGGAGCAACUCCCACGCGCAGGCUGAAGAUGCCUUCACUUCUAAGUUAGAAUAUUGA